AUGGCGCCCAGACUAGACCAGGCUGAUGCUGCGGCACACUCAAAAAAGACCAGCAGCGGCCAGCCGGACAACGCCCAGGCAAUCGAACAACAGACCAAGGGCAAGGAUGCCGGCAAAUCCGAGGGCCUCGGAGCGGGCAAGACGUUCGAGGGCCAGUCCAAGCUGCCCAAACUACCCAUCCCCAAGCUCGAGGACUCCUGCCAGCGAUACCUCAGCAGCCUCAAGGCGCUCCAGUCCCCCGAGGAGCACGCAAAGACCACAAAGGUCGUCGAAGCCUUCCUCAAGACCGACGGUCCAAAGAUGCAGCGGGCUCUCGAGGACUAUGCCAGCGGGCGCGCCAGCUACAUCGAAGAGUUCUGGGACGAAAGCUACCUCAUGGCCAGCGACAGCGUCGUCCUCAACCUCAAUCCGUUCUUCAUCCUGGAAGAUGACCCAACUCCAACCCGCGGCAACCAGUUGAUGCGAACCGCCAAUCUGAUCCUGGCCAGCCUUGCCUUCGUUCACGAUCUCCGUACCGGCGUCCUCGAGCCGGACAACGUCCGAGGCACCCCCCUCGACAUGUACCAGUAUACCAAGCUCUUUGCGACCUCGCGCAUCCCUACCACCAACGGCUGCCGCAUGGAGACGUCUCCAGACAGCCGUCACGUCGUUGUCAUGCGCCGCGGACAGAUCUACUGGUUCGAGGCGCUCGACGAGGAGCACCGACCCCUGCUCACCGAGCGUGCCAUGCUCGGCAACCUCCAGGCCAUUGUGCGAGACGCCGAACAGAUCGCACCCGGCCAGGUGGCGGACGGCGCUAUGGGCAUCCUCACCACCGAGAAGCGGCCGAUCUGGAGCAUGUAUCGCGACCACCUCCAGGAGAAUCCAAACAACCGCAAAUGCCUUGAGGUCGUCGACAGUGCACUCUUUGUCGUCUGCAUGGAUGACAGCGAACCCACCGACGCCGCCGAGCUGAGCAACAAUAUGCUCUGCGGCACCUAUCGUCUCGAUGGCGGCAAGCAGGUUGGCACCUGCACCAACCGCUGGUACGACAAGCUGCAGAUCAUCGUGUGCGCCAACGGUGCUGCCGGCAUCAACUUUGAGCACACGGGCGUCGACGGCCACACGGUUUUGCGCUACGUCGCCGACAUCUACACGGAGCUCAUCAUGCGCUUUGCCAAAUCCAUCAACAGCGCCACAAAGAGCCUCUUCAAGGCCAAGACCAGCCCAUGGGCCAAGGGCGCCGGCAAGCGGGCCCCGCCAGCGCCCUCGGCGAGCGGCGCCAGCCCGGACGAGAGCGAGGCCGAUAAGCUCGAGGAGGUCGAGCAGGCCACCUCUCCGCGAAAGCUCGAGUGGACGCUGACGCCGAAGUUGGCCGCGGGUAUCCGACAUGGCGAGAUGCGCCUGUCGGACCUCAUCUGCCAGAACGAGUGCCAGGUGCUCGAGUUUGACAAGUAUGGCAAGAACUUCAUCACGCGGCACAAGUUUUCGCCCGAUGCCUUCGUCCAGAUGGCGUUCCAGGCGGCCUACUAUUCGCUCUACGGACGAUGCGAGACGACCUAUGAGCCAGCGAUGACCAAGGCCUUCCUGCACGGGCGUACCGAGGCGAUCCGGACGGUGCAGCCGCACUCGCUCGACUUUGUCGAGUCGUACGUCUCGUCGGACACCAAGAUCGAGGACAAGCUGGCCGCGCUGAAAAGGGCGUGCGACGGCCAUUCAAAGCUGUCGCGUGCGUGCGCCACGGGCAACGGCCACGACCGGCACCUCUACGCCCUGCUGGCCGUGUUCAAGAAACAGCAGGCCGAAAACGGCGCCGACGAGCCCGUGCCGGAAUUGUUCCGCGAUCCUGGUUACGCGACGUUGAGCCACACUGUGCUCUCGACGUCAAACUGCGGCAAUCCAGCCCUGCGCAUCUUUGGCUUCGGACCCGUGGCUCCGGACGGCUUCGGCAUUGGUUACAUCAUCAAGGAUGACGGCAUCACAGUGUGUGCCUCGUCCAAGCACCUGCAGACCAAGCGCUACCUCGAGGCGCUCGAGGGCUACCUGGUUCGGACGCAGCACAUGAUCGUUGAGCAUUACAAGGCGGCCAACGUGCGCGCCAAGGACACCUACAUCGACCACGCGGGCGUCGAGUGCUCAGUACGCACCGGCCUGCCGAUCGGCUCCAAACCCAAGACUGGUAGCAACGGCUACUCGGAUGACUGGGAAAACUACUCCAGGCACAACGUGGGCGAGAGCGGUUACAGCUUCUUUGGAGAUGCCGGAUCGACGCAGAACAAGGACGAUGCGGAGAGGAAGGGCCACAACCGCCGCAACAGCCGGCUUUCCGGCGUCGGUCGCACGCUCAUGUACAACGACUACAACUAA